UAAAACCUAAUAGGUACGAAGCAAUAGUUAUAUAGAAAACAGUUUAAGACAGAUCAGUCAAGAUACGAGUAUUUAUAAUAAUAAAAAAACAAAAGUAGUUAUAAGAAUACGAAAAAAGGUAUUUAGAUAAACAUGAAGGAAAUCGGGUAUUCGUGUUAGAAGCUUGACAAUGAAACAAGGAAGUUUUUUUUUUAAUAAUAUUUUAGCACUAUUUAAACUGGAAAUACCAUCGACAAAUUUAGUCUAUACUAUACUAUUCAUUAAAGACCUUCAUUACAAGGUACCUCUUAUUGCUCUUACUUUAUAUAAGAUAGAGGAGCUCAGUUUCAUUUUUUAUGACAGUAAAAAAUAACAAAUUUUUC